UCCUCUUCAGCGCUGUGGUAACUGGUGUGAAUUUAAAAGACCUCUAAUUUCCAGUUUUUCGCUGGAAUCGAAAUGGUUAGACCGAUUUCUCACGUAUGCGCUUAAGAUUCACGAGACUUUAACUCUCAAAGUCAGUGCUUCGUAGCUCCGUUUACACGAUCAUCACGUCUGCAUUUCAUCAGACACACGUGAUUCUGGAGAAUGUAAGGAUUCGAGGAGUUGUACUUUCUGUACGGCACAAUGGUGCUGACAGAAAACAUAAGGCUUGACUUACGAAGUCUGAAUUUAUUGAAGCUCCAAGCAAAGGCCUGAAGAGCUGCUGGCUGGAAAAAAUUUGCCCAUCCCUUCCCUCCCCCAAAAAAACUUUACCUAAGCUGCCUUUCGACAUUCUUUCACCGUGAACCUUUCUGGAAAGCAUUGUCUCUGUCUUUCCAAGAUCCCUCUUGACCUUCCCUUUCUGCUAAGUCUGUUUUGCCCAUUUUGUUUUGCCUCAUUCUCCUUUUUUGUAACCACAAACCGCAUUCUCCACUAACUAUAAGUCAUGAGAAAACAAACGUGCAACGUUCUUCUGGUCUGUGGGGUCAUCAGCUCCAUCACAGUAUUUUAUCUUGGCCUCAGCACGAUAGAAUGUCCAACUGCUCGUUCUCAUGCGGCACAGCAUGGGUGGGCGGUAAAUCUACAAGCUGGCCGAAACCUAAGCGACCCGUUACAACUCCCUGAGGAGUACAAUGAGGAAACCCCUCUCAUUUUCAUUGGCGGAGUCCCUCGUAGCGGCACCACACUGAUGCGGGCUAUGUUGGACGCCCACCCUCUGGUUCGGUGUGGAGAAGAGACCCGCGUCAUCCCCCGGCUGUUAGCCAUGCAGGCCACAUGGAGUCACUCCGCACGUGAACGUGUCCGUCUGGACGAGGCUGGCGUCACCGAUGAGGUCCUGGAUUCAGCUGUACGUGCCUUCCUGUUGGAGAUCAUAGUGGGGCACGGCGAGCCCGCUCCGAGGCUCUGCAAUAAGGACCCUUUUGCUCUCAAGUCCCUCACCUACCUCUCCAAGCUCUUCCCAAAAGCAAAAUUUAUUCUUAUGCUCCGCGAUGGCAGGGCCACCGUACAUUCUAUGAUUUCCCGCAAGGUGACUAUCACCGGAUUCGACUUGACAAGUUACCGGGACUGUUUGGUGAAGUGGAACCGGGCGGUGGAGGUUAUGUAUGACCAGUGCCUGGCUGCAGCGGAUGGCAACUGUCUGCCUGUGCAUUACGAGCAGCUGGUCCUGCACCCUGAGCGGGUGAUGAGCAAGCUCCUUCAGUUCCUGGAUCUGCCGUGGGACACUGCCGUGCUGCACCACGAACAGCUUAUUGGGAAAGCUGGUGGUGUUUCACUGUCAAAGGUGGAGCUGUCAACGGAUCAAGUAGUCAAGCCAGUGAAUACAGACGCUCUGUCUAAAUGGGUGGGCAAGAUCCCUGCUGACGUGGUGAAUGAUAUGGCCAGCCUUGCCCCGAUGUUAAGUCGCUUAGGUUAUGACCCUCUAGCCAACCCGCCAAACUACAACAAGCUUGAUCUCUUAUUUCUGAACAACACAAAAAUAGUGAGGUUAAUCCAAAACUGAAAGGUCCUCUCAAAUAUUCUUGUGAAUAUUUUGAAGCAAUAAACAAUGCAUUUUAUGAGCACGUAAAGCCUUUACUUGAAUUAACAACUUGUAGUAUUGACAAAACUGAGCCACUUUAAUCAGCAGUUUUGUAGGAAAGAAAUACAGCUUAUAUAGGACCAUUGUUGCUUGUGGCAACAGUUUCAUACAGUGAUAUCAGGCAUUCUAAAACCUAGUUUUAAUGUUGUAUAAUAAAGUCAUUUUUUUCAGUUAAAUUUGAUUUAAAUGUUUUGUUAUUUGUAUGCUUUGGUGUU